CACAAAACUACUGAUAGAUGAUUAAGCACAUCUAUAUAGACACAUCUAUAUAAGAGCAAGCCUCUCACCUUCACUGUACGCCCAUUUGCUAGUACGACACAGCCUAGCAAACCCCAUCCUGACUCGUAUAAAUCGAGUCUUGCCUGCAGAAUUGGCAUUGAGGGUAAAUGGAAGGGAAUGGCACGUCCAUCUUUGCCUUCUUCGAUGGACUCAACGUUACCAGGUAUAUCCCGGCAGGUCCUGUCCGUGUCCAUGGAACUUAAAUAUCAGUGUCAAAAGUGCAAGGACGUUCUGAGGAAACCUUUCCAGGCGCAGUGUGGACAUCGUUUCUGCGUGUUCUGUUUUAAACAACUCACCAGCUCUGGCCCAAUUCCUUGUGAAGCUUGUCGUGAUGAAGGGAUCUUUGAAGAAGAGCUCUCAAUGCUCAACUUUUCUGUCGCUUUUCCAGACAAUGCAGCACGAAGAGAAAUCGACAGUUUGCCUGCCAAAUGCCCUAAUGACGGCUGUUCCUGGGCAGGAACUCUGAAAGAUUACGAGGGUCAGCACGAAGGCCGAUGUGAAUUCGAGCGUGUCAAGUGUGACGCGUGUCAAGUCAUCAUCCUUCUCAGUGAGCGAGAGCGGCACAACGAGAGAGAGUGUGAAGCCCGUAACCUUAACUGCAAAUACUGCAAAGUUUCCUUCAGCUUUAAAGAUAUCAAGGCUCAUGAUGAGAUCUGUUUAAAAUUCCCAAUGCAAUGCAAAGAUUGUGGUAAAAAGAAGAUCCCCAGAGAAAAGUUUCAAGAGCAUAGCAAAUCCUGUGCCAAGUCUAAGAUGGCCUGUCAGUACAGCGAGAUAGGCUGCAGAGCUGUGGUGGACAACGGAAAGCAGCAGGAGCAUGAACAGAGCAGUGUGAUCGAGCACUUGCGCCUCAUGCUGGCCAUGAUCUCGUCGGUGCGCCCUCGACCCGAAGCAGCCGGAGAGUGGCAGGAGGACUCGGGUUUCGGCCUGUACCGCGGCCCUGAAGACACGGUUCUUCCAGGCUCCCAGGGUGCAUCGGGAGACUCCUGCAUGCAGCGGAAGAUGACGGCGCUGGAGAACAUCGUGUGCGUGCUGAACAGAGAGGUGGAGCGCACAGCUCUCACGCUCGAAGCUCUUGGACGACAGCACCGACUCGACCAGGAGAAGAUCGAGAACCUAUCCAACAAGGUGCGUCAGUUGGAGCGGACGUUAACGAUGCGAGAUCUGCAACUCGCCGAAUCGGAACAGAAUUUGCGAGAGCUGCAGUUUUGUACGUUCGAUGGCGUGUUCAUUUGGAAAAUCUCCGAUUUCACCCGUCGCAGACAAGAUGCUCUGGCUGGACGAGCGCCUGCCAUGUUCUCGCCAGCAUUCUACUCCAGUAAGUAUGGCUAUAAGAUGUGUUUGAGGCUGUACCUGAACGGAGACGGUUCGGGAAGAAACACUCAUCUCUCGCUGUUCUUUGUGGUGAUGAGAGGGAAAUACGACGCUCUACUCAAAUGGCCCUUCAGCCAGAAGGUAACUCUGAUGCUUCUAGACCAGAAUAACCGGGAACACAUCAUCGAUGCUUUCAGACCUGACAUCAGCUCCACGUCCUUCCAACGACCCAUCAGUGAGAUGAACAUAGCCAGCGGCUGUCCACUCUUCUGUCCACUGGCCAAGCUGGCAGGAAAAAGUUCCUAUGUCCGUGAUGACACGAUCUUUAUUAAAGCGAUCGUAGAUCUCACAGGACUUUAAAUAAUUUUAUAUAAAUAUGCAUUUUGCUUAUGCAUUAAUAAUGAAAUUAUAUAAUAAUCAGAAAGUCUGUGAAAGACUUUCUGAUAAUAUUUAUAAUAAUUACGAUGAUGUGUUUUCUGUAACUGCUUUAUAGAUACAUAUAGAUAUAUUUCUGAAACAUUGUAAACAUUAGAUUAUUAAUAAUUGUUAUAUAAAUUUUAUAUAUAUAUAUAUAUAUAAUAAAGUGUGGUGCAAGACAAAAAUUUGCACUGCAGAAAACUUGCUAACUACAGAGCUAAAGCUAAAUCUGUAGACUUCACAAUCUAGAUGUUCUACAAGGCUUUUUUUGUUUAAUACAGGCUUGGGUUUUGCACGGAUGCAGUAUAAAUAAAUGAAGCUGCAAAAAUGUAAUGAAUAUUCCCAAACCUGUAGAAAAUGAAUUUGCAGGUUAGGAUAUUAUGAUUUUUAUUAACAUCUGGUCUUGUUUUGCAGAAAGUGCAUGUUUUUAUGAGACUUUGCACUGAUUUAGCUUUGACUUCAUAACCUUUUAGUUAGUGAUGGUUUAUGGCGUUUUGUAUUAACAUUAUAAUAAUUAUAACAAUACUAUAAUUUAAGCAGUGUAGAAAAUACUUAGAAAUUCAUUUAUGAACGUGAACCGUCCUCUGUGUAUAUAAACAUGACGGCGCAACAAAACACAAGUCACUUCCAGAUGAGGAUGAGGUUCCCCUUUAAGUCUGGUUCCUCUCAAGGUUCUUUACUUUACCAUCCAAGGCAGUUUUUCCUCACCACAGUCACCGGAGUCACCUCAUACAUUUAAAUGUGUCUAUUAUUAAUCUUUAAUUUUUUUUGUAUAUUAAUCUUUAUAUUGUUCUUUAUAAUAACCUUUUGUUUUAUGUUCGGUAAAGCUGUUUUGAGACAAUGUUGGUUAUAAAAAAAGGCAUCAUAAGAAUACGUUUGGAUUAAACUGAAGGUAGUUUAGGUGUUGUGACUGUUUCCGUGUCUUUGUGUCAGGUUUCAGGGUGGUUUGAUUUUAUGUUUGGUUUAUGUUUGUUCUGUAAAGUUGCUUUGAGACAAAAUAAAUUAGAAUUUUAAUCGAGUGUGUAUAGAAGUAUGCAUGUAUGCAUGUUUUUAUUUUGUAGAGAUUUAUUUUACUAUAUACGAUUAUAUGCAACUCUGUAAAUGAAGGUAAAGGCCUUUGAGGAGCAAGUAACAGUUUGAUGACUUUGGUGACUUUUUUUUUUGGUGACCUACAUCCCUAUUCUAGAUGUUGUAUUUGUGUGUGUAUAUAUUAAAAAAAAAAAAAAAGAUGUACA